UGGACAUUUUGCAGACUUUACAAUUUGAAGAGAGAGAGAGAGAGAGAGAGAGAGAGAGAGAGCGCACAUGGGAGGUGGUGAGGCAGCAAAGAGAUGGCUGGAAAAUAUCGCAAACGAUCGGUCACGUGACGAGGGAAACUGCCAGUCACGUGAGUUCAAAGCCCUGGAGCAGCUCGCCCUUUCAGGCAUCCAAGUCCUUCAAUCCGAGACCGGUCGGAUUCUCUGCUCCUUCGUCGUCCCAAAACGCCUUGCGGACAGAGAUGGAAACUGGCAUAUGGGAGCAAUGGCAACGGUGAUUGAUGAUGUUGGGGCCGCAGCAAUAGUAUCUAUUGUUGGGUGGUCAAAAUCGUCUGUUGAUUUCAACAUCUCUUACUUUUCAACAGUUAUGAUCGACGAAGAAGUGGAGAUUGAAGGAAGAGUUUUAGGACACAAGGGAAAGCUUUCAUCGGUGAUAGUGGAAGUAAGAAAGAAAGGGAGUGGACAGAUAGUUGCUAUGGGAAAGCAGUGGAUGAAAACAACAUUUCACCUUGCAAGAUCAAAGAGCAAGCUUUGAUUUCUAUUGAAACUUUUCUUGGGUUUUAGUGGGCCACUUUCAGUUUUUUUUUUUAAUGAAUUUUGGGCUGGAUCUUAGUUUGCGCAAUUGCAACUCAUCAACCGUACAUGUGGCAUCUUCUAGAAUCCAGACUUGGAAAUGUGGGGCCCAUUGUGUAUAGAACAGAGCCGGAAAAUUGGGGUUCAGGUGAUCUUUACCAUCCAAUUGAGGGGUCAUCUGAAUGAUUAAAGGGAAAACUUUCAGCUGUCCAAAUUGGACUCGCUUAAAAAUGGCGGGGCCAUAACACAUGAAAC